AUGGAAGGCAAGGCGGCCGCGGUAUCGAUUCGCGGGGGUGUAGCGCGCCGCCUGCCAAAGUGGCCGGGCUUCAGCCCGCCCCAGCUCGGCUCAGCGCGGCUCAGCUCGGCGCGGCUCGCUGCCUGCCCGCCCCCCGUGCUCUCACCACCCACCGAGUCGUUCUCCUCCCUGCACGGACGCGCCGUGCUGGUGGCGCGCCUACACUUUCUGGCGCCGAUGCUGCAGCGGGCGCAGGAGACGGGCUACAUCAACAUCAACUGCGUGGACCCGCUGGGCCGCAGCGCGCUGCUCAUGGCCAUCGACAACGAGAACCUGGAGAUGGUGGAGCUGCUGAUCGAGUACAAGGUGGAGACGAAGGACGCGCUGCUGCACGCCAUCUCGGAGGAGUUCGUGGAGGCGGUGGAGGUGCUGCUGGACCACGAGGAGACGCUGCACCGGCCCGGCGAGCCACACGUCAGUAGCCGCAGCCUGAGCGCCCCCCGCCCGCAGCCACCGCGUGCUUCUGUAUCUGCUACUCAAGUACUCAGUAAUUUUAAGGACACACAGAAAGAUGUGGGAGAAGCACUGAAAACGCGACAGGGCCGCCGCCGGCGCGAGGCCACGUCAGUAGCUGGGGAAGUUAGGCCUUUCUUAGCAGCUGCAGACGUCCUGUGUCAGCAACAGCUGUCUCUGUCCUGGCACAUGGGAGCGGCCUCAUCAAAGACGUACAAGAUAAUCACAGAAGUCGUCUACUCUGUGUACAUUAUACGGCAGAGCUGGGAGGCGCUGCCGCCGGACACGGCCACCUUCACGCCGGACAUCACGCCGCUCAUCCUGUCUGCGCACCGCGACAACUACGAGAUCAUCAAGAUCCUGCUGGACCGCGGCGCCACGCUGCCCAUGCCGCACGACGUCAGGUGCGGCUGCGACGAGUGCGUGGUUUCGCGCCAGGAGGACUCCCUGCGCCACUCCCGGUCGCGCAUCAACGCGUACCGCGCGCUGGCCAGCCCCUCGCUCAUCGCGCUCUCCUCCAAGGACCCCAUCCUCACCGCCUUCGAGCUGUCCUGGGAGCUGCGCCGCCUCAGCUUCAUGGAGCACGAGUUCAAAUGCGAGUACCAGGAGCUGCGCAAGCAGUGCCAGGACUUCGCGACGGCGCUGCUGGACCACACGCGCAGCAGCUACGAGCUGGAGGUGCUGCUCAACCACGACCCCACGGGCCCCGCCUUCGAGCACGGCGAGCGCAUGCACCUCAACCGCCUCAAGCUCGCCAUCAAGCUGCGCCAGAAGAAGUUCGUAGCGCACCCGAACGUGCAGCAGCUGCUGGCGUCCAUCUGGUACGAGGGGCUGCCCGGCUUCCGGCGCAAGAACAUGGUGCUGCAGGCGCUCGAGAUCGUCCGCAUCGGCAUCCUUUUCCCGCUCUUCUCCUUCAUGUACGUCGUGGCGCCGCACUCGCGCUUCGGCCAGACGAUGCGCAAGCCCUUCAUCAAGUUCAUCUGCCACUCCGCCUCCUACUUCACCUUCCUCUUCCUGCUGAUCCUGGCGUCGCAGCGCAUCGAGUCUGUCAUCGGCGACUGGUUCGGCAACGACACCGACCGGCGGCCGCAGCCGCGCCACGUCGACGUGACGGCGAUGCGGGGCGGCCCGCCCUCCGUCGUAGAGUGCAUGAUCCUCGCCUGGGUCUGCGGACUCAUCUGGAGUGAGGUGAAGCAGCUGUGGGACGUGGGCCUCGAGGAGUACGCCAACGACAUGUGGAACGUGAUCGACUUCGUGACCAACUCGCUGUACGUGGCCACGGUGGCGCUGCGCGUCGUAGCCUACUACCAGGUGCAGAAGGAGCUGGCGCUCCGCAGGGAGACGGAGGGUCCAGCGCCGCGCGACCUGCCGCGCGAGGAGUGGGACACGUGGGACCCCAUGCUCAUCGCCGAGGGCCUCUUCUCCGCCGCCAACAUCUUCAGCUCUCUGAAGCUGGUGUACAUAUUCUCCGUCAACCCGUACCUGGGACCCCUGCAGGUCUCCCUGAGUCGCAUGGUGCUGGACAUCAUGAAGUUUUUCUUCCUCUACGUUUUAGUACUCUUCGCCUUCUCUUGCGGGCUGAACCAGUUGCUGUGGUACUACGCUGACAUGGAGAAGCAGCGCUGCCCCAAUGGAACAGCCACAUCCCCUCCCCCAGGUUCCAUGGACCCCAAGGACCCCGACGCCUGCGUGGUUUGGCGCCGGUUCGCCAACCUGUUCGAGACGACGCAAACGCUUUUCUGGGCCGUGUUUGGCCUGGUCGACCUCGACAACUUCGAGCUGGCCGGCAUCAAGAGCUUCACGCGCUUUUGGGGGAUGCUCAUGUUCGGCACGUACUCCGUCAUCAACAUCGUGGUGCUGCUCAACCUGCUCAUCGCCAUGAUGAACCACUCCUACCAGCUCAUUUCCGAGCGGGCCGACGUGGAGUGGAAGUUCGCGCGGAGUAAGCUGUGGAUCUCGUACUUCGAAGAGGGCGGCACGGUGCCGCCGCCCUUCAACAUCGUGCCCACCCCCAAGAGCGUCUGGUACUUGAUCCAGUGGGUGCAGCGCCGCCUCUGCGGGCACUCCCGCGCCGCCAAGAAGGAGCACAUGCGCACCAUCCGGCGGAAGGUGAAGCAAGCGAGCGAGAGGGACUUCCGAUACCAGAGCAUAAUGCGCAACCUGGUGCGGCGCUACGUGACGGUGGAGCAGCGCAAGGCGGAGAACGAGGGCGUCACCGAGGACGACGUCAACGAGAUCAAGCAGGACAUCUCGGCCUUCCGCUGCGAGCUCAUCGAGAUACUCAAGAACUCCGGCAUGAACACGUCCACGGCCGCCGGCAUGGGCACUGGCUCGGGCGGCAAGAAGAACCGGCAGAAGGAGCGCCGCCUGAUGAAGGGCUUUAACAUCGCGCCGGCGCCACAGACGUCGGGCGCGCCGCUCGGCUCGGUGGCGGAGCUGAUGGCCAGCCUGGCGCACCACCAGUCGCACGCGCUGCCCGCGCACCUGCACGACCUCUUCGGCUCGACCACGUCGGCCAUCUUCGCCGGCUCGACGCCCAAGAAGUCGCCGCACCACAGCGCCGCCGGGCUGCUCUCGCCCGGCCUGUCCGCCACCUCCGCGGACGCCCACAACGGAGACCACCACCGCGUGCUGGCACGCUUCGCGCCCAGGUUCCACAUGAAGCGGUCGUCGUCGCACAAGCGGCGCUGGGGCACGCUGAUCGAGGCGGCGCGCUCGGGCCGUGUGAGCCGGCUGAUCGGCCGCAGCCGCUCCGAGGACUCUGUGUGCGGCUGCCACAGCCAGGGCUGCCCGCAGCACGGCCACGGCCACGGCCACGGACACGGCCACGGCGCGUGCACGGUGGCGGCCGCCGGGGUGGCCAACAGCGCCAGCCCUGCCUCCACGGAGUCGCCGUCCGACUCCAACCCCAGCCUCAGCGAGGGCCUGCACCACGCGCUCGGGGGCGGGCCCCUCGCCGCUCUCAAGCGCAAGAGGAAGAAGUUCUCCGCGUCGCGCGCCAUCGAUGCUGUCGAGGUGCCCGCGGGUGCGAGCGCACUGUCGCCGUGCUGCGGCCGGCGCCAGCUGCAGCUGCAGAGGGCGUCCAGCGUGCCGACGCGCUCCUGCGAGCUGCAGCAGCCGCCGCCGCCGCCGACGACGACGACGACGACGGGCGAUGCGCGACUCGUGCGUCACGAUCAGAGUGCAAAUUUCCACCAGGAUGCACAACAGCAAUGUCAAGAACCACAGGUGUCAUCAAGCUCAACUACAACGGCGACAUCAACAACAGAGACAGACACUACUGUCAUUUCUGGCGAGCAGCAGCAGCAGCAACAGGGAGUGACUAAGCUGCCACGCAAUGGCUCUGUGGUGGUGGCAGCACUGCCGCACCUGCCAGGAAUCCAACCACUCAGUGGACACGACGGCUCAGCUGGUUGGCUGUGAGCUGCAUUACGGCUGGUCCGUAAUGGUGGUAGCACUGCACAAACAUACAACAUCUGUGCACUGCUACCCAGCUCUGAACUGGUUGUCUUUCUCCUCUGAGUGGCUGAACAGUAAGCAGUGACACAUCUGUGGUCUGAGGAUGGUGAUAUCUUGAAUUAGAAGUGUCAUGUGCUGCUCUCUGCCCUCCUGCUGGCCUAAAGUAACUGUAGCAUGCAGAAAGGGCUGUAUAAGAAUUGUGGUACACUUUCCUCUGCUUGAUGCUCAAGAGUGUAAUCUUAAUAUACAGAUCCUAUAAAAAGUGCAGGAACUCCACACUUCCUCAGUUAUGUGGGAACAAAAAUGCUAUGAUGCUCUGUAUUAUCACUCACUCUGCACUGUCACCCAAAAGUGAACAUGCUCAAAGACAUAAUCUGAAAACUAUAAUAGUGUUUUGCCUAAAAAUGUCAAUUUAGGCAUUGAGUGUGGUUUAUCUCCAUUUGAUAAUCUCUUGACGCUGUGUGAGACCAAAGCAUAAAGAGUCAGGAGCCCAUUAGCAUCUGUCAUCUCUCUCAGACGGCAGAUAGUCUUUUGCAUUAUUUUCCUAGUAAUGUACACAGUUCUCAGAUAGCAACUGGAACUAAAACAGCAACCUAUAUUGUAGUCUUAUAAAUAGAAACUCAGUGAAGGGUAAGUGUGACAAAGUAUCCAAGGUUUAGUGAUGAACUAUUCAUAAUCAUACUACAUAAAUUUCAUGUGCCAUCUGUGGAUUAUUUUUAUUGUAAGGAAGCAGUUUAUUCUCCUCUGAAAACACAUUAACAUAAAGUCAUUACGGAAAACUUUAUUUACCUACAUUUUGCUGACUCUCUCACAUUUCCCUGAGAAAUUCUCGAAGCAUCUCCAACAAAUUAUUAAAUGUAUUGAAUAAAAUUUUAAAUGAUAUUUUUGAUACUCUCAGUGUUUAUUGACUAAGAUAUCAUUUGACAUUACUUGCAGAAGGAUGUGAGUGUGAGAAGGAUGAGAAUGUGUUUCUGGAAGCAACACUUUUGUACUAACACUAGUUAACAAUGUUAGGAAAAGAACACUCAAGAGUGGAAGUAUUAGGAGAAGCUACAUCAUGCAUUUACAUUGGAAAAUCUAUUGUCUGAAAGCCACUGGUAGGAAUCAAUAAAUAGCAGAAGUCAGAACACAUCUCAUGUCAGCCUCACAAUAUUUUAAAUAUGUACUUUGGCCAAGUAUUUCCCUCAUGAUACCUCGUACUACAGUCGAUCUCGUUUCGAAAACGUGCAGGCCAUAAAUUUCAGUUAUGACAUUAUAAGUUUACAGAUGAUAUCAGGUAGCUUAAUUGUUUUAUGCAAUGGUUUAUAGUAGCCCAUUAAUUCUCAAUAAUAUGCAGAUUUUAUUACUUCCAUGUCUUUUCAGAAAAUCCUUAAAUUCUUAGAAGAAAAUCACAAAUUCUGUUAAUGUUUAUCAUUUCUUAUAAAUGUUGGUCACGUUUUUGGCUGCCCAGUAUUUUUAUUGUUAGUUUUAAAUUCUGUUCAAUAUGACUAGACUGUGAAAAUAGCUAGUCUCCUUAAGCUUGCAACAAUAUUAAUAUUUGACGACACAGGAAAGUAAAAGACAGAAAGACCAUGAUCAGUCCAGGAAAGAAAUCACAAAAAACUUCUUCAGAAUUCGUCAGUGUCUCCUCUAACUGUAACUGCAAUAAAUACCCCAUAAUGUUAGCUUUCACAAGCAAGAUUAAUACUCAUAACAUUCACUAAUAUGGUUGUAAAGUUUAAAAUACAGCUCCACAAUAAGGAAAUCUUAUAGAUGUGAAUGCAGAACUAGACUCUUGAAGAACAUACUGCCUGUCAUGUAGGAGCAGAAAAUGAAGAAACCCUCAUUCCAGAUGUCGGAAAUGAAUUAUGUGCCACCAAAUCUAAUAUACUUUAUAAGUUGAGUUCAGAGUCCGCCCUUGGCAGCUGAGUGGUCAGCACGCUGGAAUGUCAUACCUAACGGCUAGAGUUUGAUUCCCAGGUGGGUCAGAGAUUUUCUCUACUCAGGGAGUGGGUGUUGUGCUGUCCUUAUCUUCAUCAUUUCAUCCCCAUCGACAUGCAAGUCGCCAAAGUGGCAUCAACUUGAAAGACUUACUUACACCAGGAGAACGGUCUACCUGACGGGAGGCCCUAGCCACACAGCAUUUCUAUUGUUAGUGAGUUCAGAGAUAUUUCAGUAUAAGUUAUUAUUGAGAUUUUUUUCCAGUGGCAAUUUUUUCUUAUUAUAUUUUUCAAAACAGAGACUGGGGAGUGUACUAAGUCUCAAAGAAGCGAAUGAAAAGUGAUUGUUCAUCGUUGUACAUUAUGUGCAUUCUUUUAUGCAAAUAAUAAUUAUUCCCCAUCAUCUUGAAUAAAUCAGUACACACCUUUGGAAAUAUAAAAUCAGACCUGUUUCAAACCACUAUUCAUUCAGUUUAUAGCAAUUAUCACUUUUUAUUUCUUAAAAAACACAUACCUUAUCAACAAUUACUUUAGCCAGAAAAGGGCAAAAAUUUACUAUGAUGUUCAUUUAUUGUCAGCUUUAAGUUGUACAUGGGUUAAUGCACAUGGGGAAUAAGAUGUAAUAAGCUGCUAGUAAAAUAACUGUAUAACAUCCGACUUUUCAUGGUAUGAUCUGUAAAUACACAGAUUCUGCACAUUAACACCAAGAAACUGGAACGGGGUAGCAAUUAAAAAUAAAUAUGCAGUGAAGUACCAUGCUUAUUGGACAUAUGCUUCAUGCUAUAAACCACCUAUCAGAAUUUUGAUUAAAAAACUGUUGGUUGACUGCAGAAAUUAUUGAAUUUUAGACUAGAGUGAUGGAGAACACAUUUUCAGCAGGGCAGUAUUUUUAUUACUAGCUGUAAAUUCUGUUCAGUAUUCUUCUUAAGAGAAAAAUUAGCUAAUCCUUUGAUAGAUCCAUCUUGUGGUAAAAUAUUUGUAGUGAAAGUAACACACAGAUAAUGUAAUUUAAUUAUCUACAUACUCCUGAGCACUAGUGGUUCUUCAGUCAUUGAUGCCACCAGUUAUCCAACACAUCUGCUCCUGACUAGUUGCAACAUGAGGUGUGUCUUUUUCUGGAGACAGAAAACUAGUAGUUUAAUUUUAACCGUUAAACUCUAGUUCCAUAACUUUCUUAUUUUUACCUGUUUCCAUCUGAAUCAAAAGAAAGACAUUAUCAGUAUUUCACAAAUUCUUUGUAUCAGGUCUUCCAAUUCAACAACAACAUGGAAAGGAUGUAUUGCUACUUACCAUAUAAAGAAGGCACAGAACCACAGAUGACACAGGGGAAAAGAGUGCUACAAUAUGAAAGUUUUUGGACCAAGUCCUUCUUCUGCAGUCAAAAAUACACACACAUUCACACAAGCAAAUGUGAGUGCAUCUGUGUGACUGUGUGUAUGUUUUCUAUUGCGGAAGGAGGACAUUGUCCAAAGGCGUUAAUAUUUUAGCAGUCUUGUCCACCAUGCCUGUCUGCGACUCAUCUCCUCUAUGUGGUAAGCAGCACUUUAUCAUUUCUACAUAAUUGUUAUUUGAACCUGGACUUUCCAUUGUUAGGUCUCCCAAUUCACAAGAUAUUAGCAAUAUACAGACUACACAGUUUUUUCCAGCUACACUUUCUUCCAUUACUAACUUCAGUGAAUGUAAUAAAUGGUUCAACAUCACUCUUCAUCAUUGCAAAUGAUUUUAAUUAUAUAAAAGAUUGUAUUACUGGAUUGUGAAAUAACUUGAAUUCUCUAAUCACUAUUUGCAUACAUAUGUCAUAUAAUUGCAGAACAUAAUGUUUCAAGUACAGAUUUUGUCCAUGUAAAGAAAAAUAUCAUUUUCUGAAAACUGUAACACAAAAAAUAGAACACAACAAAACAUCAUUCAUGUUUAAAAAAAUUAAAAAUCACUUUCCCGCUUGGUAAAUCUUGGAAUCUUUGUUUUUAAUAUAAAAAUAUACUUAAUGAGUUUUGAAUAAUUAUUUCACAUCUGAGAUAGUUCAAUAUGAGACAGUUGAGAUCAUCCUUCUCAUACAUCGGUGCAAUUUUAUCAGACAUACUGAUGAUCUGUAGAGGACAAAUCUACAAUUUUAAUUGAAGAGAAGACGAAACAUUAUGUAUGUUAGUUUAUUUGUGUUCUUCUUACAGUUACCCUCUUACAGCUUUCAAAAUGCUCACUUUCAGUUUUGGAAUAUUUUACAGCAAGUAAUUAUUGUCGUAUCAAGAACACUGUUACCAAUGAAAGCACAGUUCCAAACAACAUGUUUCCACUUUGUACUGUAAUAAUUAUAACAAGCAUCAUGAACAGUCAUGAUAAGAUGAUUUUCAAAAAAUACAGGAAACCUUAUUAGUGUACAAAUACAUGUACUGAAAGGAAAAACCAGUAGAGAAAACUAUGAAAUUACAAGGAAACAGAAAGUCAGUAUUUAUCUGUAUGAGGUGAGAUUCAACAUAUGUGUGAACAGAAAAACUCAGGAGCAGAAUCAAAAAACUACCCAACUUUUGGAACCUGUUUCUUCCUUCUUCAGGGAUGAAACAGGCACAGGUUCGUCAGUCAGGCUUUGGGUUGUGAAGUGAAUGGGCUGCCUUACCCUACUGCCAAACCUUCCCCCACCUAUGCCUCUUCCACCCUAGAUGAAGGAAUGUACAAGCUCUGUAUGAAUAAAUUAACGUCUUUUUAAGUAUUUUCACAGUAAUGAAAAUUUUAAUAUAUCAAUGCUAUUUUAUCCAUGCUGGACCUUUCUGAACUCCAAGGUCAUUAUUCAACUAAGAAUUGUUGAUGGAGAAUGCAACCAGCAACAAAUACUUUUAAAAAGACUGCAUUUUAUUCUGAUUACCGUGCACUUCAUGAAAUGGCUGAAUUUGUUUAUAUCCUUAGGUGGUACAGGAGUGGACAAUGUGCUGCUGACAAAUAUAAUACUGUUGUAAAACAGAUGAAGUCAUUUGAAGAUGGACAUGAUAGCCUAAAACUGGUUACAGCAAAAAAUUAAAUUUUUUUUAAAAAGUGGUUGCUUUCUGAAUCAACAAUCCUUAGCUGAACAUAUUUCUUUAAGCAUUGUAUAUCUAGGAGCUUUAAUCAGCAUUUAUGUUACUCUUUGUCAUAGCUUCCAAAAUUACUACUGUACCGAUUAUCUUUCUAAGUUCUUAUAAUAAUGGCUUAUAAAUGAAUAAGUGCUGCACAAUCUACUUCCCAUUUCGAAAAGAACAUUGUGAAACUGCAAUGAUAUUUUUAUGUUCCUUUGAAAUGCCACAUGAUAAUUUCUCAAAGUACUGUUUUUGUGUUCAUUUUAUGUUACAAAAUCUUACAAAGCUACAUUACCAUAUAAAAACAUAUAACCAUAUUCAGACACCUUGUUAAUUCUUAACAUAAUUAUUUACAGAAAAUGCAGCUCCCACUACAGUUAAUAAAAAAACGUGUAAAUAAACAGAAACCACACUGUUUCCUUCUCAUGGCAAAAAAGAAACUUGCAGUUGUGGAAAACCAAGGGAAAAGUUACAGUAUUGUUCAAUGGAAUUCUUGCUGCAGCCCAUUGGUGCACACAGACAGUGUCUCGUAGUGUUUCAGUUUUUUGACCUUUUGAUGUUUCAAUAAUGUACAAUUUAUUCUUCAGUAUUCCAUGUACUUUAAACACUUUGAUCAUGUGUUUCUCUAUAACGAAAUGAGAACUCUCUGUGAUAUAUAGUUUUUCUAUACUUUUCUUCCAUUUUUUUUCUUUUUUUACAUGAACCAAGGAUAAAAUAUAAAUAUAUCUUAAGAAUAGUGUUGAGACCUAGACAGAAUACAUGCAUUACUUAAAGACAAGUGAUAACAACAAUUUUAAAAAUUCCUCAAUUUGUGUAUUCUAAAAGAAAAACACAAAGUUGCUUAAAAAAACGGCAAAGCAAAUCUCAUGACUAGAUUUCAUACUUAUAAUCUGCUUAAGAUGAACUAAUUUUGUGGUUUAAUCUCUC